AGUUCGUUUAGGCAUUUUCACCAACUUCUCUCACUUCACUUCACCAUUUCCGCCGCCGGCCACCGCAGAUCCACCAUGGACGACGGCGACCGAAGAGCACUAGAUCUAGUCAAAGAGCUAGUACACCGUUUACUUUCCACUUCUCCGCCGUCCUCCACCGCCAACUCCCACCAGUCCACUACCUUAAACCCUAACCCUAUCAUACCUUCCGAUCAACAGUAUCACCAAGCUCUGAGAUACGCCAUUCGCAUACUCUCCAGUCGAAUGACACCUUCAAUUGCUGCGGAUGAGUCCGCAAUGGUGGAAUCCAUUAAGCGACGGUUAGCUACUCAAGGUAAAUCGUCUGAUGCCUUAACUUUUGCUGAUGUAUAUACCAAAUUCUCGUUGAAAACAGGACAGGGUAGUGUAAGAAACAAAUGGGCUGUUCUUUAUUUGCUUAAAACUGUCUCCGAAGAUCGGAAAAUUCAAAAACAUCAGUCUACUUCUGUAGCACCUAAUGGAUUUCUAAGCUCUGCAUUGUCGGGUGGUUUACCGGAAUUGGUUGGAAGUGAAUCGAAUCGUAAUUUCGGGCUCAGAAAUGAUUGUUCUAAGGUUUUGAAUAAUGUGCAGGGUUACACGGAUAAUAGUAAGGAUUCUAGGGGUUUGGUGGGUAAAUUGGGUAAAAUGGAGAAGGGCUAUAGUGAUGGUAGUUUGAGUGAUGAUUUUCAGAGUUUGAAUUGUGUAGGUGAUAAUUCGAGAGUUUUGAGGGGUAAAGGUGAAGUAGGGAAGGGAUGGAGUGGAGGGGUUUUGAUGGUUUCCAAGGAUCCAGAGAACUUACGUGAUAUGGCGUAUAAGGAGUUUGUGAACUUGUCGAAGGAAGAAAAUGAGGUAUCUGAGGAUGUUUUGGUGAGGGAUGUGCUGUAUGCUUGUCAAGGGAUCGAUGGGAAGUAUGUAAAGUAUGAUAAAAAUGAGGAUGGCUAUGUGUUACCUGAUUGGAUGAAAGUUCCAAGGGCUACGAGAAGUGUUGUUAGGAAGCUUUGUGAGCUCGGCUGGUUGUUUAGGAAAGUCAAAGGGUACAUCUCAGAUAGUAUGAAUCAGUUCCCUGCUCAAGAUGUAGGCACAGUUGGACAAGCGUUUUGUGCUGCAUUGCAAGAUGAGCUUUCAGAGUACUAUAAAUUGUUAGCGGUGCUCGAAGGGCAGGCAAUGAAUCCAAUACCGUUGGGUUCCGAGAGUGCAUGUUCAGGGAGUUAUAUGUCUCUAAGAAGACUGUCAGUUUGGUUUGCUGAGCCAAUUGUGAAGAUGAGAUUGAUGGCUGUUUUAGUUGAUAACUGUAAAAGCUUAAAGGGUGGGGCAAUGGCUGGUGCAAUUCACAUGCAUGCCCAGCAUGGUGAUCCGCUUGUUAAUGAUUUCAUGAAAAGGUUGUUGCGUCGGGUGUGUUCCCCUCUUUUUGAGAUGGUGAGGAGAUGGGUGCUUGAAGGAGAACUUGAAGAUAUAUUUGCUGAGUUUUUCAUUGUGAGUCAACCUGUAAAAGACGAGUCCCUUUGGAGAGAAGGUUACCGACUUCAUGCUGCCAUGCUUCCUGCUUUUAUUUCUCAGUCUCUUGCCAAACAGAUUUUAAGGACCGGUAAAUCUAUCAACUUUCUCAGAGUUUGUUGUGAUGAUCGUGGUUGGGCUGAUGCUGCAACAGAAGCAGCAACAGCUGUUGGAACUACAACCACGAGAGGAAGUCUUGGGUAUGGCGAAACUGAUGCACUUGAAUCUUUGGUUACAGAAGCAGCAAAAAGAAUCGAUAAGCAUUUACUUGAACUUAUGCACAAAAGGUACAAGUUCAAGGAACAUUGUCUUGCCAUUAAGCGCUAUUUGCUUCUUGGUCAAGGUGAUUUCGUACAAUAUCUAAUGGAUAUUGUUGGUCCUGAGCUAUCUGAACCGGCUAAUACUAUUAGCUCAUUUAAGCUGGCAACCUUGUUGGAGAGUGCUAUCACAUCAUCUAAUGCACAGUAUGAUGGUUGUGAUAUACGCGCUAGAUUAAGGGUUAAGAUGAUGCCACAUAAAACUGGAGAUAGAGGGUGGGAUGUCUUUUCUCUGGAAUAUGAUGCAGGUGUUCCUUUGAAUACAAUUUUUACAGAGUCUGUAAUGACAAGAUAUAUAAGAGUCUUCAAUUUUUUAUGGAAGCUCAGAAGGGUAGAACACGCGCUAACCGGUACUUGGAAGACAAUGAAACCAAAUUGUAUCACUUCCCACUUCUUCUCCAAGUUGCCACAGGCUGUUAAGUUGCAGUUGAUUUUGACAUCAAGAAAGUGUCAAGUUCUUUGGGAUGAAAUGAAUCACUUUGUUUCUAAUUUGCAGUACUACAUCAUGUUUGAAGUUUUGGAGGUCUCAUGGUCUAAUCUUGUGAAAGAAAUGGAAUUAUCAAAAGACCUUGAUGAUCUUCUUGCAGCACAUGAAAAGUAUUUGUUUUCAAUUUUAGAGAAGUCUUUGCUGGGAGAACGUUCUCAGGAGCUUAAUAAGACACUCUUCGUUUUAUUUGACCUGAUAUUGCGCUUCCGAAGCCUGGCAGAUCGACUAUAUGAAGGCAUUAAUGAGCUGCAAUCAAGGACUUCAGAAACAUCAACUAACUCUCGUGAUAAAGUCAAAUCACGGGGAAAAUCAAAUGAUAAAACUUCAGAACCAGGUUCAUGGCUUGGUGAAGGCAGAAAAGCUUUAACUCAACGCGCUGGAGAGUUCCUCAAAAAUAUGGGAAAUGAUAUGGACGUGAUUGGAAAGGAUUAUACAACCAUCUUUGAGGGGUUCAUUUCUCAGUUGCCCGUGCAGCAGCACAUUGAUUUGAAGUUUCUUAUGUUUAGGCUCAACUUCACUGAGUUCUAUAGUCAGAUACAGCCAAUUACAAGAGGGAAACUUUUCUAGAGUCGUGUCUAUUUUACAUUUACUGAUUUGCAGUUCUCUUUCGUCACCUGCAUCCAGUUAUAGGGAAGAAAACUAUG